AUGGUGUCAACCUCUCCUCAUAAAUUCCUGUCUGUGCUGUGGAUGGAGUGGAGGAUGGUGUUGGAUUCCCUGCGCGGCCGGAGGAGGAUGCUUCCCUGCUCCUUCUGGUUCCUCCUCUUGUUCGCCGCUGGAGGCCUGGUUCUCUUCAUCCACCUGCAGGACUUGUCUGAGAUGGUUCAGCAACAGGGCCCAGGACUCAAGCUCAGAGGGACUCCACGACAGUCCAGGGAGACUCUAUGCACCCAGGAUGGCGAGGGCUCCAGGUCUUAUCCAUAUCAGGACCAGCAGCUGUCAACAGGUGUUUUAUCCAGCCCCAUCCCUCCCAUGCAGUUCCCUGACUUUGAGAGGAGCAGACAGACAGCCACUCCCGGGUCACGGGAGCAAGACAUAGGUUCCCUUCGUGUCACCAAAAGGCACCGGAAGCUGUUGAAAACCAGCCCGGUUAUCCACCACCCCAACAACACUUCAACUUCCUUUUCUUCUUCUUCUUCUUCUUCUUCUUCUUCUUCUUCUUCUUCUUCUUCUUCUUCCAGCUGGAGCAGGCUUGCCCAUGUUGUGGAGGCACGACGGCGACUUAUGAAGGAGAUGUGUGCCAAGUACAAAAGCAGCAUCUCCAGGACAAUCACACGUCAUCAUGUGGCCCACAUCUACGUUGAGGACAAGUACAAGCUGCUGUACUGCCAGGUGCCCAAGGCGGGGUGCUCAAACUGGAAGAGGACACUGAUGGUGCUGGCGGGUCAGGCCUCAGACACCCAGAGCAUCAAACAUGACACGGUCCACUACGGCAACCAUCUCAAGAGGCUGGACAGCUUUGACCGCCAAGGCAUCAUGCGCCGUCUGGAGUCGUACACCAAAGUUGUCUUCGUCCGUGAGCCCCUGCAGAGGCUGGUGUCGGCCUACAGGGACAAAUUCGAGAACCCAAACAACUACUACCACUCCCUGUUUGGGAAACCCAUUAUCUCCAAGUAUAGAGUAAACGCCUCCAAGGCGGCUCUGAGCACUGGAAACGGGGUCACGUUCCAGGAGUUCAUCCAGUACCUGCUGGAUGUCCACCGGCCAGUGGGAAUGGACAUCCACUGGGAACCAGCAAACCAGCUUUGCAACCCUUGUCUGUUGGAUUACGACUUCAUUGGCAAGUUUGAGAACAUGGAGGAGGAAUCCAAUUACCUCCUGCGACGGGCCGGUGCACCGCGUAACCUCACGCUGCCCAGUUUCAAAGAUAGGAACCCUAGCGCUGAGAGGACCUCCAUGCAGAUCACACAGAAAUACUUUGCCAAGGUCAGCAUGUGGGAGAAGCAACGGAUCUAUGACUUUUACUACAUGGACUAUCUGAUGUUUAACUACUCCAAGCCUUUUAAAGAUUUGUAUUGA